GGCAGUGUCCUGAGGAGCCUGCUCCUGCUUUCCCUGCGCUGCAAGGACCCGUACCAGGAAGGCUCCGCAGCGCCGUCUGGUCAGUGCCUGUCACCCUCCCCUGUGGCGGUCCCCGCAGGGCAGGACGUGCCGCUGACCGCCAGCCCUCGGCCACCUGCUGCUGGUCCUGUUGAGGAAAAUUGACAUAGUACCGUAAUAUUUUCCCCUGCGCAGAAAAAGAGCAGGUCGUAUUGUAGCACAGCUGGAACAGAGGUAGUUCCCAGAUUAAGCUGCACUCCUACACAGUACGAGGCACAAGAUCUGCCCACUCUGCAUCUGUGCUGCCUUGGUAAACAUAGGCAACCCUGUGGUUCAUGAGGAGCAGCAACAAUAGAUUGUGGUUUCUCUGGCAGAUGAAGAGGCUCAGUUUAAUAAUAGCAAGUACUUCAAUAACAUCUGCCAAAAUCCAAGUGAAUGGAGUCCACCUGCAUUAUCAGCAAACAGGAGAAGGAAGCCAUGCAGUUCUUCUGCUUCCAGGAAUGCUAGGGAGUGGUCAAACUGAUUUUGGACCGCAGCUUAAGUCUAUGAAUAAGCAACUUUUCACAGUUGUUGCUUGGGAUCCUCGGGGUUAUGGAAAGUCCAUUCCUCCAUCUCGAGACUUUCCUCCAGAUUUCUUUGAGAGGGAUGCAAAAGAUGCUGUGGAUCUUAUGCAGGCACUGAAGUUUAAGAAGUUCUCCUUGCUGGGAUGGAGUGAUGGUGGGAUUACAGCACUCAUUGCUGCUGCGAAGUACCCAAAUCUUAUCCACAAGUUGGUUGUCUGGGGAGCAAAUGCCAGCGUUACUCAAGAGGAUGUGAGAAUUUACAAUGGCAUCCGAGAUGUUUCCAAAUGGAGUGAAAAGGUCAGGAAACCACUGGAAGAGCUGUAUGGACAUAAGUACUUUGCAGAAACCUGUGAGGCUUGGGUAGAUGGAAUAUCGCGCUUUGCUGAAAAUUCAGAUGGUAAUAUCUGCCAACAGUUGCUGCCAGAUAUUAAAUGUCCCACAUUUAUAAUUCAUGGUGAGAAAGACCCUUUGGUCCCACAAGCUCAUGCAGAAUACAUUCAUAAGCACAUCAAAGGCUCUCGGUUGCUUCUGAUGCCAGAAGGAAAGCAUAAUUUACACCUGCGUUUUGCAAAAGACUUCAACAGAGAAGUGGAAAAUUUCCUACGCUGACAUGAACUGUAAAACAAGUCAGAGGUGCUUAGCCUUUGCCUUGUUUAGGAAUUUUGGCUGGCUUUCCAUUUUCAAUGGAGUUAUAGGUAGGUUUCAGUCAUGUAAGAAAAACAUUAAACAUAUUUGCAUGAGAAGCAUAUGUCUUAAGAAGACAUAAGCCUCAGCGACCAGAUCAUACCACUGUAGUGCAAGAUUUCUGACAUGUCUUUAAACUUACUUGUUGCCACCCAGGCUGAACAGCUGUUCAUUGUCCAAUAGAGGUGUUAAAAAAGACAGAAACCAUGAUCUUGAAUACAUGCCUUUAUGUGCUCUUAAUAUUAAAGGACAAAACACAUGGUAAGAA